CAAUCCCAAUUCCCCUCCAUCUCUCUAAACAAACUGCCAAUCCCAAUCCCCUCCAUCUCUCUAUACAGACGGGCCUAAAUAUACACAAUAGAUAAAUAUUUACACAAGCAAAGCCGUCCCCCAAUUCUGUUUCCUCAGAUCACAAAAAGACACCCAAUACACAGUAUAAAAUUCAAAUUCUUCAAUCAAAAAACCCUACCACCCAAAGAAAUGCAGCCCAGUCAACGCAUUGCCAGAAUUUCAGCUCACCUUAAUCCUCCUAAUCUCCAGAUGGAGGAAAGUUCUGGAUUGCGACAAGCAAAUUGUAGGGCAAAAGGUGGAUCGUGCGGAUUUAAAGUUGCAAUCUUGGGUGCUGCAGGAGGCAUAGGGCAGCCUCUGGCUAUGUUGAUGAAGAUGAAUCCAUUGGUUUCAGUUCUCCAUCUCUAUGAUGUUGUCAAUGCUCCUGGUGUCACAGCAGAUAUCAGUCACAUGGAUACCAGUGCAGUGGUGCGCGGUUUUCUAGGACAAAAGGAAUUGGAGAAUGCUCUUAUUGGCAUGGACCUUGUCAUCAUUCCUGCUGGUGUUCCAAGAAAACCGGGAAUGACAAGGGAUGAUCUGUUCAACAUCAAUGCAGGCAUUGUUAAAACCCUUUGUGAAGGAAUUGCUAAGUGCUGCCCAAACGCCAUAUGCUGCCCAAACGCCAUAGUCAACGUGAUCAGCAAUCCUGUGAAUUCUACUGUUCCAAUUGCAGCAGAGGUUUUCAAGAAAGCUGGUACAUAUGAUCCAAAGCGACUGUUGGGAGUCACUAUGCUUGAUGUUGUCAGAGCCAAUACUUUUGUGGCUGAAGUUUUGGGAAUUGAUCCGAGGGAGGUUGACGUUCCAGUUGUAGGGGGUCAUGCAGGGGUUACGAUUUUACCUCUUCUCUCUCAGGUUAAACCUCCAUGCUCUUUUACCCCAGAAGAAACUGACUAUCUUACAAAUCGUAUUCAGAAUGGUGGAACUGAAGUUGUUGAGGCAAAAGCUGGUGCUGGAUCUGCAACACUAUCAAUGGCAUAUGCCGCUGUUAAAUUCGCCGAUGCAUGCUUGCGAGGCUUGAGAGGAGAUGCCGGCGUCGUUGAAUGCACUUUUGUGGCUUCUCAGGUGACUGAGCUUCCUUUCUUUGCAUCCAAGGUACGGCUUGGCCGUACAGGAAUUGAGGAGAUAUAUCCACUUGGUCCCUUGAAUGAGUCCGAGAGGGUUGGAUUGGAGAAGACGAAGAAAGAGUUAGCGGCAAGCAUUGAAAAGGGUAUUUCUUUUGUCAAGACAUGAGUAAGCCCCCAUUAGCAUGGUUUUGAAGCUGGCAUGUCUCACCUCUUGCUCUUUGUUCUCCCAAAUUUCACAGUUCUUUGAAAUAAGUGGUUGGGUCUUUGUUGUAUCUAAACAAGAUAGAAGUGAGUUCCAUGAUAUGUGGUGAUGUGUUUUAUGAUAUUUUGUCAGUAGAAGCAAGAGAGGUUUCAAUGCCAUUUCAAUUGCUUUGACAGGUUUAGGUGAAAUCCAUUAAUAAAGAGAUGGGUAUUUUUUAGCUACAAAGUAGUUACUACUAUGAUGUCAUGUUUGAGUUCUAGAUAGGAUUAGGCGGGAUUAACUUAUUUUGUAAUGAAAGUCUUAUUUGGGAAUAAGUUGUUCCA